AUGGUCGCUCCCCGAACCUCAGUGCGCGGGAGAAGACCCGAGACAGUGACCGGUGUGCCUGCGCUGCGGAGGCCCCACUUGGGUUGCUGGGUAAACAGCGUGGCACCGCCGCCCUCCCCGGCCCGGAGGCAGCAGGAGCUGGCGCUGCCUCCUCGCCUGAAACCACAGAUGGAUGCCGGGAGUCCCGAGCCGGGCACGCCGGGCCCACUGGACCCAGAGGAGGAGCAGGAGCUGCGCUGGGUGGAGCUGGGCUCUGAGGGGGCCCCGGGGGCUGGGACAGAGGGGCCCAGUGCCCCCGGGGCCGGGGGGCGCCUGCUGGGCGUGUGGUCGGGUCGCGUGGGCCUGGUGACACAGCUGCUGCGCCAAGGGGCCAGCGUGGAGGAGAGGGACCGCGCGGGCCGGACCCCGCUCCACCUGGCCGUGCUGCGCGGCCACCUGCCCCUGGUGCGGCUGCUGCUGCGGCGCGGGGCCCCGGCGGGCGCGGCGGACGGCGCGGGGCGCACGCCCCUGCACGAGGCGGCCUGGCCCGGGCACGCGCGCGCGGCGGAGCUGCUGCUGCGGCGCGGGGCGGCGGCCGCGGCGCGCUCGGGGGCCGGGCUCACGCCGCUGCACUGGGCGGCCGCGCUGGGCCGCGCGCUGCUGGCCGCGCGCCUGCUGGCGGCGCCGGGCCCCGACCCCGCGGCGGCGGACGCGCGCGGCUGGACGGCGGCGCACUGGGCGGCGGCGGGCGGGCGGCUGCCGGUGCUCGAGCUGCUGGCGGCCGGCGGGGCGGCCCUGGACGGCGCGCUGCUGGUGGCCGCCGCGGCGGGGCGCGGAGAGGCGCUGCGGCUGCUGCUGGCCCGCGGGGCGCGGGUGGACGCCCGGGACGGCGCGGGCGCGACGGCGCUGGGAGUCGCGGCCGGCCUGGGCCGCCAGGAGGACGUGCAGGCGCUGCUGGACGGCGGCGCUGACCCCGGCCUCAGGGACAGGCACGGCCGCUCUGCGCUGCACAGGGCCGCCGCCGGGGGACACCUGGCUGCGGCGCGGCUGCUGGCAUCGCGGGGCGCCGAGGUGGACGCGCGGGACGCUGGCCUCACGCCCUUGCACCACGCCGCCUGGGGAGGCCACACCGGCGUGGCGGGCCUUCUUCUGGAGCGGGGCGCGCAGGCCGACGCUGCUGGCUGGCUCCUCACCACCCCCCUGCACCUGGCCACCGAGCGCGGCCACGGCCCCGCCGCAGAGCUGCUGCUGAGCCGGGGAGCCAGCCCCACCCUGAGGACGCGGUGGGCAGAGGUGGCCCGGCCCCGGCGCCUGAGGGGGCCCUGGCGGAUGCUGCCUGCCCUGGGCGUGAGCCUGCAGGGCCGACUGGGAAAGAGCAGCCUCCGCCCUGUGCCUGCUGGGGCGGGAGGAGCGGCCCAGGGCUGCGGUGCCGCCCACGGACCCGGGGUCCUGGCGGCGCUGCCCACUCUGACAAUGAGGAAAGGGCUGGACCAAGGCUGGUGGCUGCCCGUCUCCCGGCCUCCGCGAGGGGUGUGGGUGCUGGCGCUGUCGUCUCCCGCGGGGCCCCCGCUAACUGCAGGCCGAGCUGAGGUCGCAGUGGUGUUACCUCCCCGACCCUGCAGCCCCAUGAAAACUCUGCCUGGGCUCUCCCCCGCCUCUGCCCCCGCGCACCAGAGCCCUGUGCCCGCGGCCCAGGGGGCACAGCAACACCCCCAAACAUUACAAACCCCAUGGUACAGCUGA